CUCAGCAAACCCCCAUCCCCCCGCUCCUGUCACCACUGUGUCCCCACGGGCUGUGGCCGGGUGCCGGAGGGAAGUGACAACCCAUAACCACAACCUGGGGCGGGGGGAAGUGUUGGGGACAGGCGUGGUGUUUCAAGGUGACACAGCCCCACAGCGUCUGCCCCGUACAUCCCCCCUCCCACUCUCCCCAGCUUUGCCGUGUCAAGCUCAGCCUUGAGGGCGUGGGGUGAAGUCCCCACCCUGCCAAUUUUGGGUGGCCCUGGUGUCACCCGGUGGGAGGUGACAGGGUGUUGUGUGUCCCCCCCCUGCCCUGCGCCUGCGCGGCGGCGGUUGGCGGGGCAGGAAGCGGGUGCCAUGGCGGAGCUGGAGGGUCCAGAGUUUGGCAAAGCUGACUUUGUCCUCCUGGACGAGGUGACGAUGGAGCAGUUCCUGGAGAACCUGCGCCUGCGGUUCUCGCAGGGCCGCAUCUACACCUACAUCGGGGAGGUGGUGGUGGCGGUGAACCCAUACCGGGCGCUGGCGCUCUACGGGCCGCCGGUGGUGGAGCAGUACCGCGGGCGCGAGCUCUAUGAGCGCCCACCGCACCUCUUCGCCUUGGCCGACGCUGCCUACAAGGCCAUGAAACGCCGCGCCAAGGACACCUGCAUCGUCAUCUCGGGAGAGAGCGGGGCGGGCAAGACGGAGGCCAGUAAGUACAUCAUGCAGUACAUCGCCGCCAUCACCAACCCCAGCCAACGCGCUGAGGUGGAGAGGUGGGUGCAGCGCCACGGGGAGUGUGGGGUGCCCUAUGGUGCCGGGAAGGUGUGGGGAGACUGA